AGACUUCUUAUCGUAUUCUGCUUUAUUUGAAUGUCUCUUGCCUACCGGUACUUGGUUGAAAAGCAUGUUUAAAGAACAUCACUCAGUCAAAUGCGAAUAAUUAUACUGUAGUUAAAAAAAGCCACCAUGCCACUCCGUGCACCUACUGUAAAGCAAAAUUUUGACUUUGCGACUGUACAACGUAGAAGAAAACUUACAUCCCCGAAAUCACGGGAUAAGGAAGCAUGCAGAGUUCUGAAGAAAGUUUUGGCACGAACAGGAGGCUGUAUCACAGAGGUGAAACAAGCGGAUGAAACUGAAGACGCGGAAAAAUUAUUUGGUCUCGAUUUUUCAAAUCGUGGUUUGUCUUCACUUCCAGUCGAACUAUUUGAAGAUGAAUUUUUGUAUGAAAAAUGUCAAAAGCACCUCGCAACCAUCGAUGUAUCUGAGAAUGAAUUGACAUCAUUAGAUGCUGAAAUAUGUGAUUUUACGAACCUGACUCAUAUAAACUGUUGCAAGAACAAAUUAACGUCACUUCCAUCAGGCUUAUCGAGAUUGAAUCUACUAGAACAUCUGAAAGCAUCUGAUAAUAGAUUAUCUGGGCUCCCAAAAGCAAUUCAUCUUUGUCGAUCGUUGACGAUCAUACAUGCUGAUCACAACAGACUGAAAAGUGUGCCUACAAAUAUUGGGACAACUCCACAGCUGAAGUUACUUCAACUCUCAAACAAUAAUCUCAAAUAUUUGCCGAAGUCUGUGUAUCAGAUUGAAAAGAUUUUAAAUGUCAGUUGCAAUGAUCUUUCACAUUUACCAGAACCGGAAACGAAAAAGUCAAAGAUCAACGGUCAAAGAUUACGAAGUUUGGAAGCGGCAAAUAACAAGAUUGACAAUAUACCAGAAUACAUUGGAAACGUUCCCUGGUUGCAGUCUAUAAACCUUAGCUCAAAUGAAAUCGCUGAAAUACCACCUGGAAUCGGUCAACUUCGGUAUCUCAUUAAUCUCGACAUUUGUGAGAAUCUUAUUCAAAGUUUGCCUGAAAGCAUCGGGGCUCUAGAAAACCUACGUACUCUGGACCUGCGCAACAAUCGAAUUACAAGGCUGCCAGAAUCGAUGUCACGCUUAACUAAACUUGUCACACUUGAUUGCGCAGGAAAUCAGAUUGAAAAUAUUCCGUCCGAAAUUAAAGAGAUUAAAACCUUGCAGAGCGUCGACUUCUCAGGAAAUCAAAUCCGUUCCGUCCCAGAAUUUCGAGAAAUGCCUAGACUGAUUACAGUCGAUAUUUCACGAAAUAACGUCGAAGAAAUAUCAGAAUUUGGGGAAAUGUCUAUGCUGGCAAAUCUCAAUCUUUCUGAUAACCAAUUGAAAACGUUACCGGGAUCGAUCGGGAAUCUAAAAGGACUUGAAAAUCUCAGAAUAUCUGACAAUAAGCUAGAGGAACUCCCGAAAGAGAUUGGACAGCUCAGGUGCAUAUGCUUACUGGAUGUCAGCAACAACGAACUUGAGACUUUGACAACUCAAAUCCGGAAGCUUCGUAAAUUGAAGACUCUUAAAAUCGGACAUAACCAUCUCAGUUCUCUUCCACAACCUCUUGGAUUCAUGCACGGAUUGCGAGAUACUGAUAUUGCUGAAAACGAGUUGACUUCUAUCGUUGGAAAUGGUCCUAUGCCUCGUGGUAUGAAACAAUUUACUGCAAAGGGAAAUAAUUUCGGAGGUUCAAUACCAGCGAAAUUUUUCAACGAGCUUCGUGUUUUAACGUAUCUGGAUUUGUCGGACUCCAGUUUGGUAGAGUUGCCUGACAGUGUCGGUAAACUGCGAUGGUUAAAAGAGCUUAAUUUGUCGAGGAAUAAAUUGAAAAACAUCCCGGAAACUUCGGAGCAUCUUCAUGAGUUGAGAACGCUUGAUCUUUCCAAUAACGAAGUAGAAAAAUUGCCAGAAAAUGUCGAAAAGUGGCGACAUCUUUUAGAGCUCGAUGUAUCGGAAAAUAGAUUGACUGAACUUCCAGAGAAAAUGUGUGAAGUACCGAGGUUAGAAAAACUCAUCGUUUCAUCUAACGAUUUAACAAAUGUUGAUCCAAGGUUAUUCACGAUGCAUACUAUAAAGGUUGUUCGUCUUGACAACAAUCAAUUGGAAGACAUUCCUAAACCUGCUGAAACAACUCGUAGUUUGACCGAUCUUGAUGUUUCUGGGAAUAAUCUGGGUGAAAUCAUGAAAGAGUUUGAUGGAAAUGCUGGACUUCUCUCUUCAGUUUCUCAUUUAAAUUGCUCUAAAAAUCGAAUCAAAUCUUUGCCACCAGAUAUUCAUAAAAUGAAGAAAAUGCAAGUUCUGAAAUUCUCAGGAAAUAAGGUCGAGAAAUUACCAAAAGAAAUCGAGAGAUUGAGAUCUUUGAGAGAGUUGGAUUUGUCUUUCAAUUAUAUUAAAUCUGUACCUGUUGGAUUAUCAAAAUGCAGAAGCUUGACAAGCAUUGAUGUCAGAGGCAACAAUAUCAUGCAAUUCCCGACCGCUAUUUUCAAGAUGAAGAAGCUUGUUACACUCCGUGCCGAUGACAAUCCUCUCACCACGCCAGUUCCGGAUAAAUUCAAACCGAGUAAAGUACGAAGAGACUCCAAAACCGGAGAACCAAUGGAAGAGGAAGAAGAAAUGGUCGAAGUCGAUAUCAGCACUCUGCCUAUUGAAAAAAGAUUGCAGUAUGUCGGAAAGACGAAAGUCAUUAGACUUCCAAAAUCAGUGUUGGCACAGAACGACAUACCCAUGCCACAAACUGUCGUUCCGACUCCUGUUCCCGUGGUAUGUGACGUCACAAACGAAAGGGGUGAUUCUCCUGUAAGAUCUGAUGUUGCAGACAAGGCUUCAGUAUUGAGCAGUGGAAAAGUCAAACGAAAGAAGAAAACUAGCGAUGAUGAAAAGGUUUUGGGAGAAUGUCCUCCCACCGCUUCUCUAUCUGCACCCAAUACUUCCACAACGAAGACUAAGAAAAAGCGUGGAACAUUACGUAUGUCAAGUGUAUCAACAACAAACAGUGGUCUUGAUUUGGAAGAAGAGGGAAUGACGCGAAUCAACAAUUUCGAUGACGUUAUUACCGCCAUGUCUGUUCAAUCCGCCGGUGACGGGUCGGAUAAAGGAUCUGUACAGUUUGGUACAUCACCAAGAAUCUCGCGUCGUGCAACAAAAAAUGGGAAGAAGAAGGCAAAAUCGUUGCGCGGAGAAUCCCGUUUAUCUAAAGCAGAUAUGCUUCUAGAAAAGGCGACUACAAAACCCAAGACCGUGGACGUUAUCGACGUAAUGGAGGAGAGAGCAAAAGUUAAAACUAACGGCACAAUAGCAUCAACUGGAGCGUCACAUAUUGGCGGAGACGUGGAGCAUUCUAUGCUGGUUCCAACACUGAACUACACUAAAGAAUCUAUCUGUCCCAUAAAGGCGAUAAGUACAAGCAGUGUUGAUGGCAUGGCCUCGCAGCAGAACAUGACAAUCAAUGCUUGACUGUGAAUAUUAUUCUGCUUGUAAUAUACUCAUGUACAUUUUUCUCAAUUUUGUCCGGCUCCGAAUCAACUGGAACAAUUCUGUAUCCUUUUCGUUUAACAUUGUGACUUAUUUAGUCACUAUGUAUUCCCAUAUUUUUACUCUUAGAUUUGCCAUGAAUAGGAACUUAAAUAAUCUUCACUAUAGUACCGAUCGUCUGAAUUUUUGUACAGUAAUUUGUGGAUGUUUUCCGUCCGAUAUUUCUUCUGUUUCAAUCCUAUCCAAUAUGAUAUUCAUGUCGGGAAAUUGCAAACAACAGUUUGUUGCAUUAUAAAGACGAGUUGAGUUCGAUGAUUUAUAGCGAAUUCAAAGACGAUGCGCUUAUUGCUUUACUUACAACUUUUUACUUGAUUGUAACUGAAUGUUAAUAUCUACCGUUUCCGUCCUUUUUCAUAAAUAUAUUUUUU